AUGAAAUUAAUUUCAACAGAUCACAGUGCUUGGAUUAUUACUGGAGGAACGAAUACAGGAAUCAUGAAACUUGUUGGUGAAAUUGUUCAACAAAAUCCUGAUCGUUCUCGUCCAAUUCAUUUAAUUGGUAUUGCUACUUGGGGUUGUGUAUCUGGUGUUGAACAACUUGCUGUUCGUGGAUCGAAUGUAGUUUAUCCCAAAUCACAUAGUAAUGCAAGCGGUGAAGCACCACUUGAACCUAAUCAUUCAGAAUUCAUUUUUAUUGAUGAUGGAACUGCUCGAAAAUAUGGUGGUGAAAUAGAAUUUCGUGCUCAACUUACACAAGCUAUUUCAGGUGGCUUUUUUGCACCACGAUCUGCAUGUUCUGUUAAUAUGGAAACGCCAAGUAAAGCAGCAUCACAAUCUUCACGUCCAGAAAAGCCAGUUCCUGUUAUUCUUCUUGUUGUUGAAGGUGGUCCAUUUACUGUUAAGACAGUUCAUGAAGCAGUUGUUCAAAAUAAUAUCCCAGUUGUUUUUUUUGAAGGAACAGGUCGCUGUUGUAAUUUGUUUGCCAAAGCAGUUCGUCUUUACGAUGACAAUCGUCGAAACUUCGAAGACACUGAAGGAGCUUCACCGUAA